GGACUCUCCUUGCCCUGGAAAGAACGCACAUAAACGACUUCAGGGAUCUCUGAAAAGUGCUGAUCUGCAUAAAGCCUUUAAGCGACACGGCGUUUUAAGUACCAGCCAGCGCGCCUUUCACUCGUCCGCAGUUGGAGAAACGUUGCCAAUUCGAUCAGCAUUAUCUACAGUUGCAGAGGCUCGCCGCUGCUUUCGCCGUACUGUACAUCGCUCGGAAUAGUCCCCGCCUGCUUGUGCUGCUCUCCCUUUCGACUUUUAUUUCCUGUCUUGCGGGCGCGCUUGUGUGCGAUCACAGCUGUUUGUCUGGUUUCGUUCAUACCGCCCCCCCCCCUCCCGUUGCGAUUGCUGCAGGCUCCUCCUGCAAUCUGCAAACGGGAAACUUCUCUGCAAUAGAGGCACUCAGGCUCUUCUCCCAAGUGUCCUUGCCUCGGACCGGCAUCCUGCAAAAAAGGAACCUUGGCGUGCAAACACACGCAAAGUGCAAAGCUCGAUCAGUGCGCUCGCCACGACUGUUUUCUCUAGCUCCGCAGCUUCAGGUUGUUUGGGCUCUUUCCUCCGCGCUGUUCUGCGUCUCAGUGACUGCUUUCUGCCCUUCUUAAGACAAGGAUCCAUUGUUCAGAACAUAACACAGCCCUUAGUACUUUGUACUACAGAAUGAUGUAAGUGCAGAAGAAAGGUUCCAGCCAACACCAACAUGGGCGCAAACAACUCCAGCAAGUCACAAGCAUUUGAUGAGAAUGAAGAAGUCUCAUUUGACCAUUUUGAAAUUUUGAGAGCCAUUGGAAAAGGCAGCUUUGGAAAGGUAUGCAUCGUUCAGAAGAAUGACACCAAGAAAAUGUAUGCAAUGAAAUACAUGAACAAGCAGAAAUGUGUUGAGCGGAAUGAAGUGAGAAACGUCUUCAAAGAACUGCAGAUCAUGCAGGGUCUUGAACAUCCUUUCCUUGUUAAUCUGUGGUACUCCUUCCAGGAUGAGGAAGACAUGUUUAUGGUGGUGGAUCUGCUUCUUGGAGGUGACUUGCGUUACCACCUACAGCAAAACGUCCGUUUCCAAGAGGAUGCUGUGAAACUCUUCAUUUGUGAGCUGGCCUUAGCCCUGGACUACCUCCAAAGCAAAUGCAUUAUUCACAGGGACAUCAAGCCAGAUAACAUCUUGCUGGAUGAAUAUGGACAUGUGCAUAUCACAGAUUUCAAUAUUGCCACAGUCCUAAACAAAGACAUGCAGGUCUCCACCAUUGCUGGCACAAAACCAUACAUGGCACCUGAGAUGUUCAGCUCCACAAAACCUAUUGGCUACUCCUAUGCCGUUGACUGGUGGUCACUGGGUGUCACAGCCUACGAACUUCUUAGAGGCCGGAGGCCAUAUCAUAUCCGCUCCAGUACUACUGCUAUGGAAAUUGCCCAUGUGUUCAAGACAGCCACAGUAAUGUAUCCUGCUGCUUGGUCAAAGGAUAUGGUGUCAUUAAUCCAAAAGUUGAUGGAGGUAAAUCAAGAUGAACGGUAUUCUCAAUUGAGUGAUAUCCAGGACAUUUCCUAUUUGGCUGAUAUCAACUGGGAUGCGGUUUUACAGAAGAGAAUAAUGCCUGGAUUCAUUCCAACAAAAGGCAAGUUGAACUGUGACCCAACCUUUGAACUUGAAGAAAUGAUUCUGGAGUCCAAACCACUUCAUAAGAAAAAGAAACGCUUGGCCAAGAAGGAAAAGGAAAGCAGUAAAGAUGAUUCCAUGGAGGCAUACCACCUUCAGAGAAACCUGGAGUCACUCCAAAGGGACUUCCUCAUUUUCAACAGAGAAAAGAUGAGGAAACAACAUAACGAAAUGCAAGAGAACCUGACAGUGGCACAAACCAAAGAUGACCACGAAGAAGACGACCAGAAUAAUAAUUUGUGAAAUCUAUUUAGCUUCAGCUCUGGUGAUACUUUUGAAGUCCUGGUUUGAAACCCUGCUUCAUGGAGCAUCAGAAACUGCUGUCAUGUCAAGGCAGAGGCCUUGCUCUGAGGCUUCCUAACCUGAAGCUGGGUAUCUCCUUCUGCCGUAAGGAGUUAAGCUCUAGUAUCUUGCCUCAGUAAAUAAGGCAUAGAUACUCAUUUUAUGCCUUUGCUGCCUAUGACCAAGUUAAAAAAAAAAAAGAAUGCUCCCCCCUGCAAGUAAACAAAAUGGUGGAAGGUCUAUUUCACAUUUCCUUUAUGUAGCAAUUCUUUUGGCAAGACGUUGGGAUAGUGGUAUCAGACAACAGUCAGCUGUUUAUAGGAAAACAUAAGAUAUUUAUUAAGGGUUUGCUUGUUGGGUGACUGCAUAUUUUAACAGAUGUUUCAGAAAGAAGGGCUAGAACCACAACUGCACAAAUGCAGUGCAGUGGAUUCCAGUGGCAAUAUCAAAUGUUGUAAUAGCAGCUGCCCUGUCCUACAGCUUAUAUUCAAUGCACCACCUUAAAAUAUACGGAGAGAAGUAGUCUUUUGUUAUAGGCUCUUUCUGACACUGGCAAUAUAUGUAUUAACUAGCAAUCAAAAGAUUAAUUCAGUGCAACUUCUGACAGAGUAUGUGAAUAAGGCCUUAGAACUUCUACGUGAGCCAGAAAGCAAAUCAGUGAUCAGAUUCCAGAAUGGUACUGAGCCUUAUUAGUCUGCUGUAGCAAAGGCUUUAGAGCACCUUGAAGCCAAACAGAUUUGUUGGGACUUAAUUGAUAUAAGGUCUACCACUUAAGACUUGCUUAUAGAUGGAAUGCACCAGCAAGUUCAGUAGCAUACUUCAGCCAUAAUGUUGGGCAAGAAGGAUGAUUGUAAGCAUUUUUAAUAAGGGCAACUACUACGAAAAACCAGAGUGCUGUUUACUCAACUUACCUGCUAAAGAUUGACUCCUGUGGUUGGUUGGUGACCAUAAGGUAAUUUGUAUCUUUUCCAUGUUGUUAAGUGUUAUAUGAAGCUUUGUAGGAUUAGGUUGCUAUCUGAGCCAAUAUAAAUUCAGAUUUCCUAGGAGCUGCCAAAAAUCUGAGGUCUGGUGUGAGCGUAUCAAACGUUAGGUGAACCUCACAUAAUUAAGACUUCUACUUAGGAAAAUAUAGUGUGUAGCCAUUAAAGGCUGACAAUUCAUCACGAGUCUCACUAUUGACGUGGAAACAAAGCCAGGAUCUCAAAAUUGGUUCUUUUCCCAGGCUUUUGCAAUUUUAGUUAAAAUGGGGUAAAUAAUUGUUCAACUGUAGGCCAACAUGGUAAAAUGGUAACAAAUGGCCUUUCACUUUCAGGUAUGUCCUAUAUAGUGCAAUGAACUUUCUCAGAAACUAGCAGCCAUCAUUUUAAAGUCCCACUGACUUCAAAAGGAGAAUUAAGCCCCUCCCAUUAAAAUUAAUAGAGGAGUAUUUCACAAAUGUGUUUAACUGUGCCUCAGUGCUGAUUAAAAGAAGCUGGGCACAUUUUUGAAGGCGGACUUGGAGUCAUUGUUCAUUUUGUACAACCUAGCAAGCAAUCCAGACUUUUUCUAUACACACAUUGCAGCUUUCUACAGCCAUAAGCUGCAUUCUGUUAAUCUCAGGCUUCUCCUGUAUGUGCUUCUAGAAAAUGUACUUCAUCUGUAUGCAUUAAGUAUCCACACUGGAAGAACAGGGUGAUAAGGUCCCCCUUUUUAAAAAUAAACCAAACUACUGGAUGUUGAAGUAGAAUAACCCUCUUGAGUGUAACAGGAAAUAAAAUAUAUAUUAUUUAAGUCCCA